AUGGCAGGCUACUCUGCCCAUCUACCGCUCAGUCACGUCGCAUGGAACAUUGCACUCUUCGGCACAGGCGCUCUCGUCAUGCGAGGCGCGGGGUGCACUAUAAACGACUUGUGGGAUCGAGACAUUGAUAGUCUCGUCGACAGAACAAGGGCAAGACCGCUCGCGAGCGGCGCCACAACGCCUUUCAAGGCCCUCUGCUUUCUUUGCGCACAGCUAUCCGUUGGGCUCGCAAUAUUGACCCAGCUGAACUUGUAUAGCAUUCUGCUCGGAGCCUCUUCUCUUGCCAUCGUUAUCAUCUACCCUCUUAUGAAGCGCAUCACUUAUUGGCCCCAAGCGGUACUAGGGCUGGCAUUCAACUGGGGCGCGCUGCUUGGCUCCUCGGCCAUGCUUGGCUUUUGUGAAUGGCAAGUCGCGUUGCCUCUAUACGUGGGCAGCAUUGCCUGGACGAUCUUCUACGAUACCAUUUAUGCGCAUCAAGACAAAGUCGAUGACGUACAAGCAGGCGUCAAAUCAACGGCUCUGCUCUUCGGCGAUCAGCAUGGCCAAAAGAUACUAGCUUGCUUUGCGACUGUCGUGCCAGCUAUGCUCGCUUUAUCGGGCUACAUGAACGAUCAGACAGCAACCUUUUAUGCCAUCUCCUGCGGAGGUGCCGCAGCCCACCUCGCUUGGCAGCUCAAGGGCCUCGAUACAUCGAAUCGAGCUAAUUGCUGGCAGCGGUUCAUCAGUAACCGCGAUCUUGGCCUAAUUCACGGUGUUACAAGGCACAACAGAUGA